GUUCUGCGCGUUACGGAGUAUAGCCGCAGAACAUAUGUCUUAACGUUGUGUAGCACAACUAUUUGUGCGAAUCACUGAUGCGUUGGAUCACGUGAUCAGUGAUUGGUCAAGUGGUACGUGGCGGGAAUUAGUACGGGUAACGCGGUUGUUUGUCAGUUCUACGCUUGGCUUCGAUUGUUUCACUUCUUCUUUUGAGCAGCGGUCAACCUUACGAUGGAUAGGGAAGAAAUGUCAAAUUUCGUCGAAGGAAAAGUGAAAGGUGUUAUACAGUCGAAUAACAGGGAGCUUCUGAGCAGUAUCAGCAACAUGAUAGCUAAGAUAAGUGACAAGUCUUCUUCUGCUAUUUCUGUUUUAGAUGUUCCAAAAUUUAAACGUAAAAGUAAUGAGGAACAAUUUAAAUUAAAUGCCAAAGUUAUACAGAAGAUAGAAGGUGCGCAUUCAGCCGUGGAAUCAGAGGAUUUAUCGUCUGCUAAAGAGGCUAUUAUUCAAGCCAGAGACAUGUUGAAGCACCGACAAAAAUUAGUGCUUCUGGCCGAUACGUCGGAUUUGGGUUGGAGAUUGGUCAGCGAAUACGAGGCAAAUCCCAUCGCUAGCGAUAGCGACGACGAAAAACGUAUUUAUAAGGCGGAGGCUCGUGCCAGUAGGAAGGCUAAGGCAGACAAGACCAAAAAACCCAGAAAAAAACAACUGGCCAUACAAGCGUCCAGAGGCAUCGGGAUCUGCGCAGGCGUCACAGGGCAUCAGACAGCGUCCCGGAUUGUGUUUUUCCUGUGGAAAGGCGGGUCACUGGAAAAAUGAAUGUACACAGAACAGUUCUUACCAGAACAAUAAGUUAAGUAGUUAUUUUGAGAUUUUAGACUCAGUAAAAGUCACUGACUUUACCAAAGGUACUGUGUGCCAAGAUAAGUCUUAUCUGAGUAAAAAUGAAACAUUAUUUAAGGCCGAGAAAAAAGGCAGUGACCAGAUGUCGGAUAAAGGUAUAGUAAAUUCUAUUUCACCUGUAGGCCGAUUAAGGCAGAAUAAAGACAAAUGGUGCAGGGUGUCCUAUAAUCAAUAUAUUUUAGACGUUGUUGAAAACGGAUAUAAAUUGCCGUUUAAGAACAUACCAGAAAGUGCGCACUUGAAAAACAAUAGAUCCGCACUUGAAAACAAAACGUUUGUUAGAACGGAGAUAAAGUCUUUGUUAGAAAAGAGGGUAAUAUCGGAAGUAUUAAAAAACCAAUUGUGGUAAAUCCACUCACAGUUGCAUAUAACAAGGCUGGAAAGCCCAGACUGGUGUUAGAUUGUAGGCAUGUAAAUCCUUGUUUGCAUAUGUUUAAGAUAAAAUUUGAAGACAUAAACACAGCAGAGAGUUUGUUUGACCUUAAUACGUUUGUUUAUACUUUCGACUUAAAGAGUGCUUAUCACCACAUAGAUAUUUUUCCUGAACAUACUACGUAUUUGGGAUUUUCCUGGAUUGAUGACGGAGUUGUAAGAUAUUAUGUGUAUAAUUCAUUACCAUUUGGAAUUGCUUCCGCAGGGCACAUCUUUACGAAAACUCUAAGAGCGUUGAUUAAACACUGGAGAUCAUUAGGACACAGGGUAAUUAUGUUUUUGGAUGAUGGAGUAGGGGGACAUGCUGAAUUUAAAAAGGCCAUGUCGUCUAGUAAUUUUAUACACAAUUCUUUGAUAGAUCUGGGGUUUUUACUUGCGGAAGAAAAAUGUUGUUGGAACCCUUCACAAAUAGUAUGCUGGUUAGGCCAUAUUUUGAAUUAUAGAUCUAACUGUAUGUUUAUUUCGGAAGAAAGAAUUCUUCGAUUAGAAAUGUCACUAAAGUCAGUUCUAUUUCAAUUGUCAAAAGACAAGUUAGACUUGAUACAUGUAAAAUGUUUAGCAGCAGUUGUAGGCCAAAUAAUUUCCCUACAAAGUGUGGUAGGUAGAAUAGUCUGCCGGAAGACCAGAGAUUUAUACAAAUGUAUUAUAGGGCGUGCUAGCUGGAACGCACCUGUUAAGGUAAGCGAAAAGGCUCAGGCUGAGCUACAGUUUUGGCUAGAAAAUGCAAGAAAAUUGAACAAAAAAGGUAAGCGAUUGAAGCAGUUAUUUUCUGCAAGUUUAAGUAUGGCAACGGACGCUAGCGCCGUUGGAUACGGUGGAUACGUGAGAAAAGACGAAAAGUCAUAUGCAUAUUAUAGUAGUUUGUCCAAGGAAAAGACAUUUAUUAACCAGUCCUCAGGUGUUGAAAUAAAUGAAAAGGUGACUGGGUUCCCGGAAGUGAACCAUGAGGAAAUGUUCCAAGGUAUGUGUAGCAAGUUUCCACCGGAAGUAGAAUAUUACACAGUUUUUGCUCCCGGAUGUGAGCAAAAUGUUUCGACAAACAUAGAACAAGGUUCUACAAAGGAGAACUGUGGUAGUUUGUCCGAGGAAAUGUCAAUUUUUGAUCAGUACUCACUUGUUCCGUUACAUGAAAAGAUAACGUAUUACGAAACCGGGUUCCCGGAAGUGAACCACGGGGAAAUGUUUCAAGGUAUGUGUAAAGGUAGCAAGUUUCCACCGGAAGUGGAAUAUCUCACCGGUUUUGCUCCCGGAUGUAAGCAAAAUAUUUUGAUAAAUGAUGAACAAGGUUCUAUGAAUAAGACUCCCGGAAGUGGGUCUAGUGGUCUGGUGCUCCAGGAAGUGAGCGCAUUGUACAGUAAACACAUGUCUUUUACUUUUAGCAGUACAGAGGUACAUGGGUCUUGGACAGAAGUAGAAAGAGAAAGAAGUUCAACAUGGCGCGAACUUGAGGCUCUUCAUCGAGUUUUAAGAAGUAACAUUAAUAUAUUAGUGAAUAAUCAUGUCAUUUUCCUUACAGACAAUAAGAAUGUGAAAUUUAUUUUGAAUUCCGGCAGCUAUGUUGACGAUUUGCAUGAAAUUUGUCUUAAAAUUCACGAAGUGUGCGACAUAAAUAGCAUACAGUUUGUUGUAAUUUGGAUACCAAGGUGUAGGAACGCAGAAGCAGAUUAUCUGAGUAGGUCUCUUGAUUGUGACGAUUGGUCUGUAAAUGAGGUCAUAUUUAAACACUUGAAUAAGAAGUGGGGACCUUUUACAGUCGACAGGUUUGCCACACAUUAUAAUAACAAAUGUGACAGAUUUAAUUCAAGAUGGUGGGUACCCGGUACAGAAGCAGUUGAUUGUUUUACACAAAUAUGGACCGGGGAGAAUAAUUGGUUGGUACCACCACCAAAUCUAGUCGUUCAGUGUUUGAAUAAGUUAAAACACGAUAAAUGCUUAGGAACUUUGGUUAUUCCUGAAUGGAAAUCGGCGCCAUUUUGGCCAUUGUUAAUUGAUGAAAAGGGUAAUUUCAGUUGCAUUGUGAAAGAAAGUUAUGUUUUUCCUUCUACAGGUGCUGUCACAAGGGGAAAAGGGAACAACGGAGUGUUUAAUAUAGAACCUUUUAGUUUCAGAAUGCUAGCAUUGAAGUGCAGCUGGUAAAAAUCUUCAACAUUAUGAGAUUUAUUGAACAUGUACGAUCGAAUUUUGACCUCAUGUAUGUCUUUCAGGUAAUGGCUUGAGGCAAACACUAAAAAGAAAGUUUGACGAGGCUGGCGUUCAGAUAAAUAACGAAGAACAAUGUAUAGACAGAAUGGCUACACAUAUUUUGAGCUCUAGAGCUGAUAGCACUGUAAAUAAAUAUGCUCAUCAAGUGAAAACUUUUAAAGAUUUAUGUAUUUCGAAGGGAUUUCCCUGUGAUCCAGCACAUUCCAUUCACGUCGCCAUGUAUUUAUCGAACUUAAUAGACAGUGGAAAAUCGGACAGCGUAAUUAUGGCAGCUUUUUAUGGAAUUAAAUGGUACCAUAGUAUUAACGACUUCCAGGAUCCAACGGAGAACGUAGUGGUGAAAUCUAUGCUAGAAUGUGCAAAACGGUUGAACUCUAAACCCACAACGAAAAAGGAUGUAAUUACUACAGAACAUUUAAUAGAGCUUUGUAAUAUGUUUUCAGAAUCUACGGAUGUUAUCGUACUCCGCGAUCUGACAAUGAUUUUGUUAAGUUACGCAGGUUUUUUGCGUUUUGAUGAAGUUAGUGAAUUACGUUGUAGUGAUAUUGAUAUCAAGGACAGAUACAUAUCUUUGUUUAUUAAGAAAAGUAAAACUGACAUAUACAGGGGUGGUAAAGAAGUACUUAUUUCUAGCGGUGAAACGUCGGCUUGUCCAGUUGCUAUGUUGCAAAGAUAUUUACAUUGUUCAAGUAUGCAUUUAAAAUCAGACUCGUAUCUUUUUAGACCUGCAUGCAGGUCCGGCCACAAAUGUUUUUUAAUUGAUAAAGAUAAAAAGCUUAGUUACACUCGAUCAAAAGAAUGUAUUGUGUCUAAGUUAAAGCUAGUUGCGCCUAAUUUGCGUUUAGGAACACAUUCGUUGAGAGCUAGUGGUGCCACCACUGCCGCCAAUGCUGAAGGCGUUUCAGAUAGAUGUCUAAAGCGACACGGUCGCUGGAAGUCUGAUUUGGCCAAAGAUGGUUACAUAGAUGAUUCAUUAGAGAAAAAGCUUUUUAUUACAAAACAGUUAAAGUUAUGAGUACAUAUAUUGUUUAAGGAAAAUUCGAAUUUGAAUGACAUAGGCUCUAACAUUUGUAUUAGUUCUAUCGCAAGUCUUGCCCAUUGCAAAACAGAGUUUGUGUUUCGUGCGUAGUUAUGUUAAGACUUUAAAGUUCUGCGCGUUACGGAGUAUAGCCGCAGAACAUAUGUCUUAACGUUGUGUAGCACAACUAUUUGUGCGAAUCACUGAUGCGUUGGAUCACGUGAUCAGUGAUUGGUCAAGUGGUACGUGGCGGGAAUUAGUACGGGUAACGCGGUUGUUUGUCAGUUCUACGCUUGGCUUCGAUUGUUUCACUUCUACUUUAUUCAAAUUCGAAUUUUUGUUAGAUUAUAAUGAAAACUUUGAUUCUGUAAACUCUAUGUAGUUUAUAAUCUGGUUUGAUAAAGUUGAUAUACUUUUUGUAGAAAGUUGAACAAUUCUCAAGACAUAAUGAAUAAUUUGUCUAGUUUUAAGAAAAGCUAUUACUUUUUAUUAUUUUAUACUACCAAGAUACAGUAGGCACAGUUUUCCAGAGUUUUUUACAUUCCCAGUUCGGGAAUGAUUUUUUAAUCUCUGGUUUUUAAUCUGGCCUAUUGUAUCUAGGUUGACGGCUGUACUGUACAGUCAGUGUGUACACAAGAUAAUUAUCUGACAAUGUUAUUUGUAUGAAGCGCAUAUUGUAUGCUAUUUGAUUUUGUUUAUAAAGAAUAUGAUCAUAUAUUCAUGUACUUAUACAUAAAAUGCUCAAAAUAAAACAAUCGCAAGUCUUGCCCAUUGCAAAACAGAGUUUGUGUUUCGUGCGUAGUUAUGUUAAGACUAUUAAAGCUAUACGAUCAGGGAUUUCAAUACUAUUAGUAACAAUGUGAUAAAAGUUGUGAUAAUCUGACUUUGUGAUAAUUUCCAAUUUGUGAUAUAACAGUUACUGUAAUUUUUCAUUUGAAAUAUUAACAUGAUUUAAUAAUUGCCUCUCUAUGUUAUGCCACCAGUGCUAAGGACCACAAUGGCAAUUAGAACUUGCUCUUUACUGUGUUAUCCUUUGGUAUUGGGAGCAUGACAUAGUUUUCUAUUACUUAAUAUAGUAUUUAAUAAUUCUUGUAUUAUUCUGUAUCGUGGUUGUUAAUCAUAUAAAUGUUAUCCUUUGCCUCACAAUGUACCUUAGAAAAUGAGUUUUCACUGAUUUGUCUAACAAUAUAUUACAUUAACUAAGCAAGUUUUCUGUGGAAUACCGCGCGAUUUCUAUACAGACGCUUACAGAAAAGAUUGAUGUCUGAACUGUUGGAAUUUAACAGUAAUAUAACGAUUUCACUUUGUAUAUCAUUUCUGUAAGUUGUUAUAGUGUUUUGUAAAAGACGUCAGCUGUUUUCGUUUGCCAUCUUAAAGAAAAUAUAUUUUGAUUAUUUUUUUAUAUUUCGCACUUUGUCACUGUAAGUGAAUAUGUCGUUACAUACAUUAAGUAUACAUAAAGUGAACAGAAAAAAAGAAUGUUAUUGGGUAUAAAUAUUUAUAGAAUUAUCAACGAUCUCACUAAAAAUGAUAAACUCCUAUGUACUACGCGUUUCAACUUACGAUAAAAGAAUACAGAAACUAAUGUUCACUCUUUUGCAUGAUGAUAUGAUAUUUUUUUCAACAGUUUUUGUACAGGAGCAUAUCCACAUGUACAGACAGACAGACUUUCAUCAUAUGGAAAUAAUUGUAAAAAACCAAAACAGCCGUUAGCAGUCAGCUGCUGUAUAUUUUGUAUAUUAUAACCACUGAAAUAUUGGAUUCCACAAUCAUGGAUAUCAUUCAAACCUGGUUUGUGAAACGAUAAUUUAGCUAUUGACCGAUUGUUAAAGUUGAUGAAAUAUUUUAUUGUGACCAAAAGAUAUUAUAUAAAUGAAAAUAUACCCAUGUCGUUGCAUUUUAAAGGCCAGAAUUCUAUAUUCGAAAUAAACCGUAACAUAUAGAUGGACACUUUAUAGCUUCCUAUAAGCCAAAUAAUAUCUACCUUCUCUGUAUUAUUUGAUGACCAUUAAAGUCAACAUCGGAAACAUAAAAGCAAUACCCCAAUUACUUUGCGAUUGAGCAAUCGUAUAAUAGUUGGAGCCAUUCUCUGCAGAAGAAUAUUUGCGAUUAAUCGGGUAAUACUAAGGUGUAGGAAUCCUUCGUGGAACUAACUAAAAGUAUCGGGGUACAUAUAUAAUAUUUAGCAGGCGUUAUUAGACAGUUAUUUCUACCAGCUAUUAUCGGGUUAAUGGAAUUCUCGUGUAAGUUACUGUAAGUAGGAUCUUCUUCAUUCAGAUUCACAUCUUUUAGGAUCAAAAUAUUGGUUUCUCUACAUUAAUGUCUUGGGAUAUUUUUGAUCCAAAAUUAAUAGUAGAUGGGAUUGGAAACGUCUUUUCAUGCUUUCUAAAACUAAACAGUCUCUUCCAAUUUGGUAAAAGAUUUGUCAAGAUUUAGGUAAAUCAUAAUAGAUAUUCCUUGUAUAGAAUGCUUUCUAAUGGAGAAGACGUAUCAAAACAAUGUAUGAUCAAUUUACUACAAAUGUCUCAAGUUUUGGAGUCUAAAUAAAAUUGGUUCUUGGCUCAGAUUACGGCAUAUAAUUCAAUUGUAUUUUGAUAGAGUAGCGGAGCGAGUUAAAACAUCAAAAAAUAAUCAAGCAUCUUAUAAUAAUAACGUGAGAUAAGAUCUUUUCAAAUUGCCGACGGGUAAGCAUCAUUUGGUCUGACCUUCAAAAAUGGGAUUUACAAUUUUUGUCAACUACUUUCAGACCAUGCAGUACUCCACAAAGACAAAAGGCUUGUUCAUGAAAUAUGUUAAACACCAGAAUGGCAACAACAUUGAAUUGUUCAUAGUCUUCUAAAUAAGGUAACUACUGGGGCUGAUGUCAAAUGAUUAAUCUCGGAUUAAUAAUUUCUUUCCAUUUUGAUUAUAGUAGAAAUUAUGCAAGUCUACAACUAGUUCUAGUAAGGCAUUUUCGCAACAAUACUUUGUACAAUGAAAAAUAGUUUGUGUUACCAAUUACCGUGUCAUGUACAUACCAAAUACAUGGAUGAACAUGGAUAACUUUACUGAAUCUGUAACAUUCAUAUCUAAAAAGUAUUUCCAUGAUUGUUUUUGUUCGUCAUGAAGAUAAAUGAUAAAAGUUCUAUUUUUUAACCUUUUUUGAGCUAUUUUUACUUUUACUUGUUAUUAUAGCAGCCUGAAUAUAAGUGUUUUUUUUUUUGCCUGGGAUAAAAUAUCUUACACGAAAGCUGAAAGAUGUGACCUCCGUUUAAUUACUUAUGAAUAUCACGAAAAUGAUUGUAUCCUAUGUUAGCAUGUGUUGAUGCCUUUCAUCAAUUAUCUACAUAAUGUUUAUUUGCAAAAGUCUGUGCCAGCCUUGCAACGUUUUAAGAUGAGAAUACCUUUUUAAUAUUUGCUCCUAAAUGAAAGAAAAUGGUUACAAAAAAACAUGUUAUGGUCUGAAAAA